AUGUCCCCUUCUCCCAGAUUCCAUCCCCUUCUCCCAGAUUCCAUCCCCUUCUUCCAGAUUCCAUCCUCUUCUCCCUCAUUCUAUAUCAUUCCAUCCCCUUCUCCCAGAUUCCAUCCCCUUCUCCCAGAUUCCAUCCCCUUCUCCCAGAUUCCAUCCCCUUCUCCCAAAUUCCAUCCCGUUCUCCCAGAUUCCAUCCCCUUCUCCCAUAUUCCAUCCCCUUCUCCCAGAUUCCAUCCCCUUCUCCCAAAUUCUAUCCCCUUCUCCCAGAUUCCAUCCCCUUCUCCCAGAUUCCAUCCCCUUCUCCCUGAUCCCAUCCCCUUCUCCCAGAUUCCAUCCCCUUCUCCCAGAUUCCAUCCCCUUCUCCGAGAUUCCAUCCCCUUCUCCCAGAUUCCAUCCCCUUCUCCCAGAUUCCAUCCCCUUCUCCCAGAUCCCAUCCCCUUCUCCCAGAUUCCAUCCCCUUCUCCCAGAUUCCAUCCCCUUCUCCCAGAUUCCAUCCCCUUCUCCCAUAUUCCAUCCCCUUCUCCCAGAUUCCAUCCCCUUCUCCCAGAUUCCAUCCCCUUCUCCCAGAUUCCAUCCCCUUCUCCCAUAUUCCAUCCCCUUCUCCCAGAUUCCAUACCCUUCUCCCUGAUUCCAUCCUCUUCUCCCGGAUCCCAUCCCCUUCUCCCAUAUUCCAUCCCCUUCUCGCAGAUUCCAUCCCCUUCUCCCAGAUUCCAUCCCCUUCUCCCUGAUUCCAUACCCUUCUCCCAGAUUCCAUCCCUUCUCCCAGAUUCCAUCCCCUUCUCCCAGAUUCCAUCCCCUUCUCCCAGAUUCCAUCCCCUUCUCCCAGAUUCCAUCCCCUUCUCCCAGAUUCCAUCCCCUUCUCCCAGAUUCCAUCCCCUUCUCCCAUAUUCCAUCCCCUUCUCCCAGAUUCCAUCCCCUUCUCCCAGAUUCCAUCCCCUUCUCCCAGAUUCCAUCUCCUUCUCCCAGAUUCCACCCCCUUCUCCCAGAUUCCAUCCCUCUCUCCGAGAUUCCACCCCCUUCUCCCAUUUUCCAUCCCCUUCUCCCAGAUUCCAUCCCCUUCUCCCUGAUUCCAUCCCCUUCUCCCAGAUUCCAUCCCCUUCUCCCAGAUUCCAUCCCCUUCUCCCAGAUUCUAUCCCCUUCUCCCAGAUUCCAUCCCCUUCUCCCAGAGUCCACCCCCUUCUCCCAGAUUUCAUCCCCUUCUCCCAGAUUCCACCCCCUUCUCCCAUAUUCCAUCCCCUUCUCCCACAUUCCAUCCCCUUCUCCCAGAUUCCAUCCCCUUCUCCCAUAUUCCAUCCCCUUCUCCCAUAUUCCAUCCCCUUCUGCCAGAUUCCAUUCCCUUCUCCCAGAUUCUCUCCCCUUCUCCCAGAUUCCAUCCCCUUCUCCCAGAUUCCAUCCCCUUCUCGCAGAUUCCAUCCCCUCCUCCCAGAUUCCAUCCCCUUCUCCCAGAUUCCAUCCCCUUCUCCCUCAUUCUAUCCCCUUCUCCCAGAUUCCAUCCCCUUCUCCCAGAUUCCAUCCCCUUCUCCCAUACUCCAUCCCCUUCUCCCAGAUUCCAUCCCCUUCUCCCAGAUUCCAUCUCCUUCUCCCAGAUUCCAUCCCCUUCUCCCUGAUUCCAUCCCCUUCUCCCAGAUUCCAUCCCUUCUCCCAGAUUCCAUCCCCUUCUCCCAGAUUCCAUCCCCCUCUCCCAGAUUCCAUCCCCUUCUCCUAGAUUCCAUCCCCUUCUCCCAGAUUUCAUCCCCUUUUCCCAGAUUCCACCCCCUUCUCCCACAUUCCAUCCCCUUCUCUCAGAUCCCAUCCCCUUCUCCUAGAUUCCAUCCCCUUCUCCCAGAUUCCAUCCCCUUCUCCCAGAUUCCAUCCCCUUCUCCCAGAUUCCAUACCCUUCUCCCAAAUUCCAUCCCCUUCUCCCAGAUUCCAUCCCCUUCUCCCAUAUUCCAUCCCCUUCUCCCAGAUUCCAUCCCCUUCUCCUCGAUUCCAUCCCCUUCUCCCUCGUUCCAUCCCCUUCUCCCCGAUUCCAUCCCCUUCUCCCAGAUUCAAUCCCCUUCUCCCCGAUUCCACCCCCUUCUCCCAGAUUCCAUCCCCUUCUCCCAUAUUCCAUCCCCUUCUCCCCGAUUCCAUCCCCUUCUCCCAAAUUCCAUCCCCUUCUCCGAGAUUCCAUCCCCUUCUCCCAGAUUCCAUCCCCUUCUCCCAGAUUCCAUCCCCUUCUCCCAUAUUCCAUCCCCUUCUCUCAGAUUCCAUCCCCUUUUCCCAGAUUCCAUCCCCUUCUCCCAGAUUCCAUCCCCUUCUCCCAGAUUCCAUCCCCUUUUCCCUCAUUCCAUCCCCUUCUCCCAGAUUCCAUCCCCUUCUCCCAGAUUCCAUCCUUCUCCCAGAUUCCAUCCCCUUCUCCCAUAUUCUAUCCCCUUCUCCCAGAUUCCAUCCCCUUCUCCAUCAUUCCAUCCCCUUCUCCCAGAUUCUGUCCCCUUCUCCCAGAUUCCAUCCCCUUCUCCCAGAUUCCAUCCCCUUCUUCCAGAUUCCAUCCUCUUCUCCCUCAUUCUAUAUCAUUCCACCCCCUUCUCCCACAUUCCAUCCCCUUCUCUCAGAUCCCAUCCCCUUCUCCUAGAUUCCAUCCCCUUCUCCCAGAUUCCAUCCCCUUCUCCCAGAUUCCAUCCCCUUCUCCCAGAUUCCAUACCCUUCUCCCGAAUUCCAUCCCCUUCUCCCAGAUUCCAUCCCCUUCUCCCAUAUUCCAUCCCCUUCUCCCAGAUUCCAUCCCCUUCUCCUCGAUUCCAUCCCCUUCUCCCUCGUUCCAUUCCCUUCUCCCCGAUUCCAUCCCCUUCUCCCAGAUUCAAUCCCCUUCUCCUCGAUUCCACCCCCUUCUCCCAGAUUCCAUCCCCUUCUCCCAUAUUCCAUCCCCUUCUCCCCGAUUCCAUCCCCUUCUCCCAAAUUUCAUCCCCUUCUCCCAGAUUCCAUCCCCUUCUCCCAGAUUCCAUCCCCUUCUCCCAGAUUCCAUCCCCUUCUCCCAUAUUCCAUCCCCUUCUCUCAGAUUCCAUCCCCUUUUCCCAGAUUCCAUCCCCUUCUCCCAGAUUCCAUCCCCUUCUCCCUGAUUCCAUCCCCUUUUCCCUCAUUCCAUCCCCUUCUCCCAGAUUCCAUCCCCUUCUCCCAGAUUCCAUCCUUCUCCCAGAUUCCAUCCCCUUCUCCCAUAUUCUAUCCCCUUCUCCCAGAUUCCAUCCCCUUCUCCAUCAUUCCAUCCCCUUCUCCCAGAUUCUGUCCCCUUCUCCCAUAUUCCAUCCCCUUCUCCCAGAUUCCAUCCCCUUCUUCCAGAUUCCAUCCUCUUCUCCCUCAUUCCAUAUCGUUCUCCCAUAUUCCAUCCCCUUCUUCCAGAUUCCAUCCCCUUCUCCCAUAUUCCAUCCCCUUCUCCCCGAUUCCAUCCCUCUCUCCCAGAUUCCACCCCCUUCUCCCAGAUUCCAUCCCCUUCUCCCAGAUUCCAUCCCCUUCUCCCUGAUUCCAUCCCCUUCUCCCAGAUUCCAUCCCCUUCUCCCAGAUUCCAUCCCCUUCUCCCAGAUUCUAUCCCCUUCUCCUAGAUUCCAUCCCCUUCUCCCAGAGUCCAUCCCCUUCUCCCAGAUUUCAUCCCCUUCUCCCAGAUUCCAUCCCCUUCUCCCAGAUUCCAUCCCCUUCUCCCAGAUUCCAUCCCCUUCUCCCAGAUUCCAUCCCCUUCUCCCAGAUUCCAUCCCCUCCUCCGAGAUUCCAUCCCCUUGUCCCAGAUUCCAUCCCCUUCUCCCUCAUUCUAUCCCCUUCUUCCAGAUUCCAUCCCCUUCUCCCAGAUUCCAUCCCCUUCUCCCAGAUUCCAUCCCCUUCUCCUAG